UAUAAAGGAUCAGCAAUGGUUUCUUUUCGAAACCAGUGGGCUCCGUCCAAACCACUACCCUCCAUCAUAUAUUCGAGCAGGUUUCCAAAGCCUUCCUUAACACGCUUCUCUCUUUGCUCCUCGUCUGGAGUAUCGAAUGUCUUCAGCUUCUCUAAUCUCCACGAUCUAGAAAAAAUCCUCGACGAAAUCGAAAAGAGAACAAAAAAAGAAGACAUAAGCUUAAGCCAUGUUGGGCAAGAGGCGGUUCAUCGGGAAGCUGUCGGACCUGCUGAUCCCCGGGCCGGGCUGCACCCCGACCUGGCCGCCGCCGCCGGCAGCCCCAGGACCCCGCUGGACCUCAAGCUCCAGUCGCCGAGGUCGCCCCGGGGCCCCCGGGGGUACGACCUCGGCGGCGUCGGGCUCGGCAUCGUGGCGGCCCUCGAGCGGUCCGGCGAGGUCCCGGGGAGGCACUGCGUGUGCAGCCCGCGGGGGGCUUCCGCCGCCGCCGCCGCCGCCGGCGGGAAGGGCAAGAGGGGGUGUGCUGCGUUCGUCGGAGGAGGAGGUGGUGUCUUCGACGGCGUGGAGAUGGAUUGCCAGGAGAACUACACGUACGUGACUUGCCACGGACCCGGCAGGUCCUUCACCAAGGUGUACUACGACGGAGGUCUAGAUUGCCCGGGCGAGCGCGAGCGGUCUUGCCCCGCCGCCGCCGAUUACGGCGUUUCGAGAGAGCCGGCGUCGAGGGUCGCGAGGGAAGGAGGAGAAGCAGAGAAUGUUCCGGUCUAUCCGUUUCUAGACUUCCUCAGUUCUUGUCACCGGUGCGAAAAGAAGCUCGACGGCGUGGACAUCUACAUGUACAGGGGAGAGAAAGCGUUCUGCAGCGCCGACUGCAGGUCGAAGCAGAUAAAGGCGGACGAGGGGAAAGAGCGGACAGAGCGGACAGAACGGAAAUGCAGGAACGAGGCGUCGAAAGCGGCCGACCUCUCGAGCUCGCCGUACACGAAGGGCCAGAUCUUCUCGACCGGGAUCGAAGCACUCUAACGCACAAACCCGGAAGAUGGGAACGACCCUCGUACAUAUUCACGGCAUAAUAAUAUAUAUGACUAUACGGAGAGAUUUUUAUCUUGAGCUUUGCCUUUUUGAGAAGAGAGACCAAAAGAGAGGAUGGAAAAUUUUUGCUCGGAUGUGAGGGAAGAGCGAGAGCGCCAACUUACUGUAAUGAAACAUCAGGGGCUCCCAGGAAGAAAUACAAAACAUUGUCUGGGAGUCCCCUCUUAUUUACUUCGCUCCUGAUGCGGGUUCAUACCUAAUUCGACGCAGUCGUCCGUCUCAAUAUGAAUUUUAGGUGCAAUGGCUCCUUCAAACA